AUGUCAGAGAAAGAAGAAGGAGUUUUCCGUUCAGCGGAGAUGUCAUUGGUUCAAUUGUAUGUUCCUACUGAAAUCUCCCGUGAAGUUCUUUAUGACAUUGGAAAAUUAAACUUAAUUCAAUUCAGGGACUUGAAUUCUAAAAUAAGUGAAUUUCAAAGGUCAUUUGUAAAUGAAUUAAGAAAGUUAGAUAAUGUUGAAAGACAAUACAUUUUCUUUAAGAAUGAAUUGGAUAAGAAAAGUGUUGAAUUGAAAAAGUAUCCAUAUGAACAAGAAUUCAAUAAAAUCUGUGCCCAACUGGAUAUUGAUGAAUUAACCGAAAAUGGUCAAUUAUUGGAAGAUAGAGUUGGUCAAUUGAUUGAAUCUUUAUAUAAUUUAUAUGAAAAGGAAAAAUCUUUGAAACAAUUCAAAUAUUCCGUUCAAUCAGUUGAUAAUUUCUUCAAACUUAAUGCUUCAAAUUUACCUUCAUCUCAUGAUAAUGAACAUGAUCAUUUAUUGAAUAAUUUAGAAUCAGGUACUCAAUAUACUAGUGAAAUGAACACUUCAUCUUUCAUUUCUGGAGUUAUUAGUCGUGAUAAAGUUCAAGUUUUACAACAAAUUUUAUGGAGAGUGUUAAGAGGUAAUUUAUUUUACUAUACUGAAGAAUUACCUGAAUUAAUUUAUGAUGCUAAAUCUGAAACUAAAGUUGCUAAGAAUACUUUCAUUAUAUUCUCCCAUGGUCAAUUAAUUCAUCAAAGAAUCAAAAAGAUCUGUGAAUCUUUAGAUUGUGAUUUAUAUAAUGUUGAUUCAACUGAAGAUUUAAGAUCUCAACAAUUAGAAGAAAUUAAUGGCAAUUUAAGUGAAUUGGAUAUCGUUUUAGAUCAAACUGAUGUAGCUUUGAAUUCAGAAUUAAUUGCUAUUUCCAAAGAUUUAUCUAAAUGGUGGGAAAUUGUUGCAAGAGAAAAAGCUGUUUAUAAAAUUAUGAAUCGUUGUGAUUAUGAUGGUUCGAGAAAAACUUUAGUUGCUGAAGGUUGGAUUCCAAAAGAUGAAAUUGACACUUUGAAUUCAACUGUUAAACAAACUUCAAAUACUUUACCAAUCAUUGUUAAUAUUUUGGAAACUACAAGAACUCCUCCAACUUUCCAUAGAACUAAUAAAUUCACUGCUGCUUUCCAAGCUAUUUGUGAUGCUUAUGGUGUAGCUACUUAUAGAGAAGUUAAUCCUGGUUUACCAACAGUUAUUACUUUCCCUUUUAUGUUUGCUAUUAUGUUUGGUGAUUUAGGUCAUGGUAUUAUCUUAUCAUUAGCUGCUUUAGCUUUAGUUUUGAACGAAAAGAAAAUCGGUGCUAUGAAAAGAGAUGAAAUCUUUGAUAUGGCUUAUUCUGGUCGUUAUAUCUUAUUAUUAAUGGGUUUAUUCUCCAUUUAUACUGGAUUCUUAUAUAAUGAUGUUUUCUCCAAAUCAAUGUCAUUUUUCAAUUCUGGUUGGAAAUGGCCUGAAGAAUUUGAAAUCGGUGAUAACAUCUCAGCUGAACAAAUUGGCGUUUAUCCAAUUGGUUUAGAUCCUGCUUGGCAUGGUACUGAAAAUAAUUUAUUAUUCACUAAUUCCUAUAAAAUGAAAUUAUCUAUUUUGAUGGGUUAUUUACAUAUGAGUUAUUCAUAUGUUUUCUCAUUAGUUAAUUAUAUUCAUUUUAAAAGUAUGAUUGAUAUUCUUGGUAAUUUCGUUCCUGGUUUAUUAUUCAUGCAAGGUAUUUUCGGUUAUUUAUCCCUUUGUAUCGUUUAUAAAUGGUCAAUUGAUUGGUAUGCUAUUGGUAAACAACCUCCAGGUUUAUUGAAUAUGUUAAUUUCCAUGUUCUUAUCUCCUGGUACUGUUGAAGAACCUUUAUAUUCUGGUCAAGCUUCAAUUCAAGUAAUAUUAUUAAUUGUUGCUUUGAUUUGUGUUCCUUGGUUAUUAUUAUUAAAACCUUUAUACUUCAAGAGAAAAUUCGACCAAGAAGCUAAGUAUAAACAAUUAAAUGAUGAUAGUAAUGACGAAUCAUUAGUUGAAUCUCAUGAAGGUGAUGAUGAUGAAGAACAUGAAGAACAUACUUUUGGUGAUAUUAUGAUUCAUCAAGUUAUUCAUACCAUUGAAUUCUGUUUGAAUUGUGUUAGUCAUACUGCUUCAUAUUUAAGAUUAUGGGCUUUAUCUUUAGCUCAUGCUCAAUUAUCAACUGUUUUAUGGACCAUGACCAUUGGUAAUGCAUUUGGUGCCACUGGUAUUGCUGGAGUUUUAAUGACAGUUUUAUUAUUCGGUAUGUGGUUUAUCUUAACUGUAGUUAUCUUAGUUGUUAUGGAAGGUACUUCUGCCAUGUUACAUUCUUUGAGAUUGCAUUGGGUUGAAUCAAUGUCUAAAUUCUUCGAAGGUGAAGGUCAUCCAUAUGAACCUUUUGGUUUCGAAGGUCUUUUGGACGAAUACAUCUAG